CCCUCCUCCUCCCCUCCUCCUCCCCCCCCCUCUCCCAUCACUAACCCAGCCCCUCCCACUCGGUUUGCCGGUCAUGCUGGCCCGGCCCGGAGCUGCCAUGUCGGUUACAGACGAUGAAGUUAUACGUAAGCGGCUUCUAAUUGAUGGAGAUGGUGCUGGUGAUGAUCGGCGCAUUAACCUACUCCUGAAAAGCUUCAUUAAGUGGUGUAAUUCAGGAUCACAAGAGGAGGGGUAUAGCCAACACCAGCGCAUGCUUGGUACAUUGGGGCAGUGUGAAUUUUCUAUGGGAAAAACAUUGCUUGUGUAUGAUAUGAACCUGAGGGAAAUGCUGAACUAUGAGAAAAUAUCAAAAGACAUAGAAAGUAACAUUGCAGCUGCACAUGACAAGAUCUCAGAAUGUAAAAAACAGAUUUUACAAGCAAAACGAAUUCGGAAAAAUCGUCAAGAGUAUGAUGCAUUAGCAAAAGUCAUCCAACAGCAUCCUGAUAGACAUGAAACCUUGCAGCAGCUGGAGGCACUGGGUAAGGAACUGGAACAUCUUUCUCACAUUAAAGAAAGCGUUGAAGAUAAGCUUGAGCUAAGAAGAAAACAGUUCCAUGUUCUACUCAGCACCAUUCAUGAACUACAACAAACACUGGAAAGUGAUGAGAAAUUGUCGGAAGGUGAAGACUCUCCAGAGACUCGCAUGGAGAUGCAGAAUGGACAUUAGUGGAACUGCCAUUGAGAACUUUUAAAUUCCAGUAAAAGUUCAUUUUUCAAAAAUGAAUAAACCAUUUAAUGUCUAUUCCAGAAUACCAAAAAUAUGUUUUUAAAGUGCAAAUUGAAGGUUUUUGAAACUAAACACGUGAAAUAAAUGAAUUGAUUAAUAAAAAAAUCUGGAAUUGAAA